AUGGUGCUGAAAAGAUCCAGCACACUUGAUAUAGUGUACCCCAAGUCUAAACGGCUGGAGGAAAGAUCUCAAACGGUUGGUUUUGAGGGCUAUCAAUCUACGAAUUUGGUAUUGGGGUGGUUCGAUGAGAGACGUGUUGAUGAGAGCGGUCCGGAUUCACAAAUAAGUCCUGUUCCGCGGUACCGAAAUAACCAAAGACGUAGGACAGACAUCGAAUACCCAAAACACACUCACCAAAAGCGCAAGCGCUUCCAAACCAUUUCUUUUCCUCCAAGCUUAUUGGAGAAUGUUGUGCAGGCUGUAUUCGGUGUUGAAUGUAUGGACGAAGUUACAGUUGAGCAGAAUCACCCCAAAGAAGAGACUUUGGUUCUUCAUAAAGAGCCUAUUGUUGUGAUUGAGUCAUCUCAAGAAUCCAGUGAGACUAGUGAAGCCGAAAAUUCACUCGAUGCUGAAACUACGAAGGUCUGGAAGGAUUUUUCCGAGGGUUCAGUUCGACAAAUGUCAAUAAAUUUAAAGUACUGUGACGAAACAGAUCCAGAGCAUUCAAAAUACCAGCCAGUACAUCAGGGUCCUGCUGAAGAUCAAGACAGUGAUCGUACGUUGGAAUGCGAUCAAACCUUGAUUCCAAACGCUGAAGGAGCACAAAGCAUCCUUGAAAUUGAUACCAGCAUCAAAGAUAGUACUAUUGACUGUUCGUUUUUGAAAAGUGAGACUGAAAUUUCGUAUAACGCUUCGAUAGUUUCUCCAGACUUGACACUUGAGUUCCCUUCAUUUAACUCAGCAUCCCGUGGACAGACUGAAGACCUCGUUGCAGAAACAAUCUGUGAUGGAAGUGUAGCUAGGAAUGGAACAGACAAAGCUGUGUCCAUCACAGUACCAGAACCUGAUACUUUUAACGAAUCCACCGGCGAAAUCGAAAGUGGGACUGAUGCAGUCUCUCCUAAACGCCCUUACAGUCAUUCUUCGCACCCGUCUGGAACGCAUCUUCGAAAUCGCGCGACUGCCGUGCAUAAGUCUUUAAAACAUCUCAUUUUCAAGGCAAAUCAAGAAUGCUUCCAAGUAGACUCCCAAAUAGUGCGUUAUCGUACCGGUCUGUCAAAAACAUCGGCAGGGCUACCGCAUUUGCAUGAGUGCUUCAACGGCAGGAAGAUUUGA